AUGGUCAAGAUUCUCUCCCUCGCUACUAUCAUCAUCGCCAGCGCUAUCAGCGCCCAGGCUGCCCAGUUCUGCCAGUGCCUCUUCGGAGACGGCUCGCACUGCUGCGUCUACUCGGACCCCAAGAUUGGCAACCUCGACUGCCAGCGCUGGUGCACCAACGCCCACCGCGCCGAUGGUGCCACCAACCCCAACAACCCUCUUGAAGUCGGCACCGCCUGCAAUGCUGGUGGAAAGUACAGCACUGUCAGUGGCUGGAACGCUCAGUUCCGCACCUCUUGCUACAAGCAGUAG